AUGCAGGCUUCGCUACCAUCCCUUUCCCGGCCUCCAUGCGGAUGCGUCGUCCCUGGACGCGUCCCCUGUGCUCGUGUGCACGUAGCGCAGCAGCCUGCAAGCCGGCAGCCAUUGGCCAUGCACCAGUCCAUCGGUCGCGGGAGGACGUGCUCUCCUUCUUUCUCCACCCUUUCCGCAGCCGCGUCUCCCACUGCUGCGUCUGCCAGUGUCCUUCGAACCUCCUCCCUCCACCCGUGGGGAUGGCAGGGUCUAAGGGUCCCAGGAAGGAUAGAGCUAGGGAGAGGUGUGGGAUUACAUCCAGGCACAGGAUUGGGAGGAGGAUUUCAGGGCACAGGUGUAGCAGGAGCAGGAGCGGGUGUCGGAAGGGGUAGAGGGCUCAGAAGAGCUGGUUCCUUGGGUGUAGUUGCGGCGGUUUCUGGUGCAGGUGCAUCUGGGGGAGGGGGAGACUCGUCUGGGUCCACGUCACAGUGGAAGGCAGGUAGCAGCAAAUCGAAAGCUGCCAGCUCAGCAUCAGGCUCUACAGGGAAAGCAGCUGGGGGGGCAAAGAAGGCGAAAGCGGCGAAGAAGCGGUCUCAGGGCACGUCAGCAGCAGCAGCGGCUGACGUGGAUAAGGACUGGGAUCCAAUCACCGAAUUACUGGAGCGGGUGCCGAACCGAGUGGAGCCGCAGGUUCGGGUGAACGGGCAGCUGAUGUCUCUCAAGGAGGCGGAGGCUCGGGCCGUACCUGCGCCCAUCCGAGCCUUGAACGCCCUAGAGGAAGGGAUUGAAAGCGCUCGUGAGGCGGCCUUGGGAAAGCUGGCGGAGGUUUUAGGAGGGGUGGAUAAGGAGGUGAUUAUUGAGGAAGGGAGUGACGAAGAGGGCGUGGCAGCAGAGGGAAGGGAAGGAAAGGAAGGGAAACAAUCUCAACAGGGAUUUUCCUCAGGCGCUGAUGCUACUCAACAGGCUAAUCCAGUAUACCUGAAAGAUCUCCUGCGCGAGUUUAAGGGGGAGCUGGUGGUUCCAGAGGAGGCGUUUGCUCCGCGCGUGGUGGAAACCACCGCGUUUGAGCGCGCGCUGGCGGACGCUCCGCCCAUGAGCGCGGCGGAGUUUCUGGGUUUUGCGGAGAAGAAGCAGGUGGCGCUGGUGACGUCGCGCGGGCUGAAGAGGCGCGAUGGGAGGUUUGAGUACUGGGACGUGCUGGUGGAGCUGAAGGAGGUCCCGGGGGAGCCUGCCCUUCAAACCAACACCUGGCGGCUCAAGGUGGACUCACAGUCCGUGCCGGCAGUGCUGGCGGCCUAUAAGGGACCACAGAAGGAGGUGGAGACAGUGUACUCGACGUUUGUCGAGGUGCCAUCAGCUAAGCCCCUCCCAGCAGCCUCUACCAUCUCUGGGCGAAUCUUCCUGGAAUGUUCGAUCCUAGCAGCCAUUCUCCAAUCCUUCCUCUCCGCCCUCAUCGCUUCGUCCACCGCCGCCCUUCUCCUCUCCUCCUCCGCCGUACUCUUUAUAGUCCGAUCCGUUUUGUGGCCCCUGGCGAAACCCCUGCUGACGCCUGUAGUCUGGGUUGUAGCGGCUGUAGCGAAGCAGAUAGCAGCAGUGCUCACUGCCACGUGGGCUAGUCUUUUCGCUCCGGGCGGCGCCAGUUUGUUUGGGUUCUUGCAGCUACAGCUGGCGGCGAUGUUUGGGAGCGGGGGGAUAGCAGCGGGGGUGACUGGCUCUGCUGCCACUGCGUCAGGAGAUGCUAUUACUGACGUGGCAGUUGACCUGGCGCGGGAUAUUUUCAUUGGGAAGCUGAAGAGCUCAGCGAAAGCGGUGGGGAUGAUGGUGUUUGUGGUGCUGUUUAUGGCAGCAGGGGCGAAAUUCACUCUCAACAGACGCACGAGGGAUUACACUAAGUGGGACAUUUGGCAAGCCAUUGAGUUCGGCCAGUCCAAGCCCCAGGCUCGAGUGGAGGGCUCCACAGGAGUGAAGUUUGAGGAUGUGGCAGGCAUCGACGAGACCGUGCAGGAGCUACAGGAGCUCGUGGAAUACCUCAAAGAUCCUCAGCGCUUCAACCUCAUGGGAACCAAGCCCCCACACGGAGUGCUGCUGGAAGGGCCGCCAGGGUGCGGCAAGACACUGCUAGCCAAGGCCAUAGCAGGCGAGGCGGGAGUGCCGUUCUACCAGAUGGCGGGCUCUGAGUUCGCAGAAGUGCUGGUGGGAGUGGGGGCUGCUCGUGUGCGAGAUCUCUUCAAGCGAGCCAAGGUCAACAAGCCCGCGGUCGUCUUCAUCGACGAGAUCGACGCCCUCGGUGCCGCGCGCUCCUCAGCUGGAGGGGACGAGGGCGCGGAUGCGGGAGUGACGGAGCGUGAAACGACUCUCAACCAGCUGCUCAUCGAGCUUGAUGGCUUCGACACCGGCCAGGGGGUGGUGUUCAUUGGCGCCACCAACCGCAUGGACAUGCUGGAUGCUGCGCUGCUGCGCCCGGGGCGGUUCGACAGAAAGAUCACCAUCGUGCCGCCGGGGUCCAAGGGCAGGGCGGAGGUGCUGAAGGUGCAUGCUAAGAAGGUCAAGAUGAGCCCGCACGUGGACCUCGACACGAUCGCAGGCAACCUUGCAGGGUGGAGUGGCGCGCAGCUGGCGAAUCUGCUGCAGGAGGCGGCGCUGGUGGCGGUGAGGAGGGGGGCGGGGGAGAUAGAGGACGAGGAUCUCUACACGGCAGCGGACCGCCUCACCCUCGGCACGCCCCGGGAGCGAUGGGGGGCAGAGCAGGGCAAGCACCCGCUGCUGGUGCGGAGAAUGGCGGUGCAUGAAGCGGGGCUGGCGCUUACGGCACUGCUGCUGAUCGAGUAUGACGAUGCGCAGGUGGAGCCGCCCCAGCGACUCUCCAUCGUUCCCCGAGGGGAGACACCCUCGUGGACCGUAUUCAACCGCAUUGAUGAUGAGGCGUACCUUUUCGAGAAGAGACGAACGCUGCUACACCGAUUGCAGGUGAUGCUGGGGGGCCGGGCGGCAGAGGAGGUGGUGUGGGGGCGCGACAGCAGCACGUACAGUCAGCGCCACGUGGCGGAUGCUUCCUGGAUGGCGUACAAGUUUGUCUCCAUAUGGCACAUGGCGGGGAAGGUGCUCCCUCGGGGUAUCCCGCCCGCCUGGAAGCGCCGCAGCACUGCCAGCGGACCUUCUCUGGGCUUUGAGGGGAGCCUCUACGCAGACUACGGGUUCACAGGGGGGAAGAUCAGCGAUCAUGCUGAUGACGUGGCAGCUGACAUGGCGCAUGCUUUGCUGGACGAGGCGUAUGCUGCCACGUGGCAGCUGCUGGCGGACCACAAAGCUGCUCUGGUCAAGGCAGUCAAUGUGCUAAUGGCGAAGGGAGAGAUCCAAGGGUCGGAUCUCGAUAUUAUCCUGGACGCCUAUCCUGCAGGAACACCUGUUCAGGUGGUUGAAACAGAGGCGGCACCUGGGGAACUACCUGAAGCCUUUGCAGGGCAUUCGGGGGACACAGAGAGCGAGGGAGAGGAAGAGGAUGGAAGGAGGAGGAGGAGGGAGGAGGGGGUAGAGGUGAGGAAGGUGGAAGGACAGUUUAGGAGUGUGUUGGAAGGGAUAUUGGAAGAAAAGGGAAAGGAGGAGAAGGUAGAGGAGGAAAGGGAGGGUAUGAGGGGUGCUGGGGAGGAUGCUGGGAUGGGGAAGGAUAAGGACGAGGGAAAAAAGGUGGAGGGAUUAAGUUCCGAGGCUUCAGAGGGGGAGAGAGAGGAUGGGGAGGAUGAGGAGUGGGCGGAAGAAGAGUCAGAUGAAGACGAGGAUGAGAGGUUGAUUCUGGAAGCUAUGGAUUGGAAGGCAGGAGCGGUUGGAGGGAGUGGAGAGGAAGGGAGUGGGGUGGAGAAGAGUGGUGAGGGGCGAGGUGGGGAAGAUGUGAGGGCAGCUGAGUCGCAAACGGUUGAGAGGGGUGCAGAGGUUGCUGGUCUAGGAGCAGUUUAG